CAGACCUCGAUCUAAAGCCAUCCCAUUUUUGCUCCGUGGGAAGGAGGACAUGCUUCAUUCCAACCCCAUUUCGUUGUCCUUCCGAAGAGUCCAGAAAGGAAAGACUCCCGUUCUCAGCUGCGGAAAAGAGGGGGGAUAGCACUUUGUCGGCCAGUAAGAGAUCUUUUCCCGAACUUCAAAUACGUGAAUAAUCACACCCCAACUCUCACAACGAUGUGUUAUUGACCUCGGAGCUGAGAUGGAAACGGAAAUGGCUGCACAAACGUCAUGCACUACAUUUCAAUUCUCACCCAAGCUGGCAUGCAGAUAGAACAGCGUGCAAGCGCCGCUUUAAUUAACAACCAGGGAAAUGAAAGAACUCUCCUCUACUAUCGGCCUCAAUCAUUGACCCAUUAUUGAAGCCUCAACUCCAAACCAAUAUAUUCCUUUGACGGCAAUGGCUACCGAGAACUCUGCUGGUCUUCCUUUUUUGCAAGAUGACGAAGCAUGUAAUCCUAAGGAAACUCUUUUGAAGAAGCCUGCUGCAGUGACAUUGAGAGCAAAUUUGGUGCUCGCAAUUCUGUACGUUCCAGCAAUCCUUUUAUACGUCUUUUUCUACCUGCAUUAUUUCCAUUUCCAAUCUUUCAAGCUACAAGACCAGUGUAUAGUCUCCGCAGAUGUUCAGUGUAAGUGAGAACCCCUGGUGUUGCCGGUUAUACUCAUACAAGUUCCAGCGCCGGUUUACAAAUCAGGCAACAUCGAAUUCGAGAAGAAGAAAUUCUUGAAGGAUUUUCGUGAUAGUGAGUUUGCAGGCGACCCCAGCCCCGAACUCGACUUGGCGUGGCAUAAUCUCUUCGAAGGUAAUAUGAAAGAGCCCUCAGCCUCGAUAGGCAAAGAUUAAUGGGUGUGCAAGACAAUAAUGUAAAAGUCGACAAAAAUGACCUUGAUCUUGCGGGGCUUAAGUCAGUUCAGCUUGCAAAUGGAGGCUAUAUCGCCCAGCUUAACGUUUUUCAUGAACUCCACUGUUUAGUAUGUAAUCACUUGUUGCACUUUUCAAUAUAAACUAACUUCAGCAGAAAAAGAUCCGCCAUUGGAUAUUCAAAGAUUAUUAUGUUCUUCCGAAGAAUUAUACGGAGGCUGAGUUAAAAGAGUGGCCCGCUCACAUAAGUAAGUCGUCUGCUAGUAGAUGCCAUGGAACGAAUGAUAGCUGAUUAGGAUAUAGACCACUGCAUAGACAUGCUCAGGGAAUCUAUCAUGUGCCUUGGCGACACCUCUUUAGUAACUUUUACCUGGAUUGGGGACGGAAAACAUCGAACUCCUACGCCGUGGGACCGAAGUUCUCACAAGUGCGUGAAAUGGGACUCUCUUACUAGAUGGACUAAGGAGCGCUCAGUCAAUAUUGAGACCCCAGGUAUUUUGUUAGAUGAGCAGGGAAGCUUGUACCCCAGAAAUGAAUAAGUAUUGUUGGGA